CAUAUGCAAUGCUGCUGUGAGUAGGAAGUUUUUAGUUUCUUUUGUGAAAUGGCCAGGCUGGUGCUGUGUGUGUUGCUGGUGCUGCCCCUCCUGGGGGGCUGUGAUGGGGCUUGGAACCAGAGACAGCUUCGGAAGAGAAUCCACCAGCUACGUGAGGUCCAGUAUUUCAAAUCUUUCUACAGUCGACUAGGUGUGCCCAAAGGAACGCCUUAUGUGCCUGCAGUUGAAGGCUACAUCACACAACCUUUGGACCACUUCAACCGAAGAAACAAUGCCACCUACAAGCAGCGGUACUGGAUCAAUGAAGAGUUCUGGCAGCGUCCAGGUGGACCCGUGUUCCUGUUCAUAGGAGGAGAAGCUGCCGAAUCAGAAUUUUCUGUCUUGUCAGGAGAGCAUGUUGAGCUGGCACAGAAGCAUCGUGCACUCCUGGUGUCCCUUGAACAUCGGUAUUAUGGAGCCAGUAUUAACCAAGAUGGCCUCACCCUGGAAGGGAUCCGAUUUCUGUCUAGUCAGCAAGCACUUGCAGACUUGGCCUCCUUUCACAUGUUCAUCUCCCAGAAGUACAAUCUGACUCGGAACAACACCUGGAUCUGUUUUGGAGGCUCCUAUCCCGGAUCUCUGUCUGCUUGGUUUAGACUGAAGUUCCCACACUUGGUUUAUGCAGCUGUGGCCUCUUCUGCCCCCGUCAGAGCGGAGCUCAACUUCAUAGAUUAUAACAAGGUGGUGGCAUACAGCUUGUCAGACCCAGUCAUUGGAGGAUCUGAAAAGUGUCUGGACAAAGUGAAGGACAGUUUCCGAGUAGUGGAGUCUCUUCUCAAAGCGGGAAAUAUUACUCAGCUAGAGAAAGAUUUCUUCUCCUGUGCUUCCCUCCACCCACCUGAUGACUACACCGAGUUUGUCAGCAAUCUGGCCGACAUAUUCAUGGGCGCUGUGCAGUACAAUGAUGAAAUGCCAAGUAGUGAUGUCAGGAAAAUCUGCGAGCGGAUGAUCUCAGCAGGCUCUGCCUAUGAAGGACUGAAAUCUGUAAACGCGAUCUACAUGGAAUCCAUGGGGCUGAAGUGUGUGGAAAACUCCCAUGAGAAAACGUUAUCAGACUUGAGAAAGACGGAGCUGGAUCCAGUGGGAGUUGGGGGGCGCCAAUGGUAUUACCAAACAUGCACAGAAUUUGGAUACUAUCAGACCUGUGAACAUGCUUCUUGUCCUUUCUCUCCUCGAAUAACUCUUCAGUCCCAGCUGGACCUCUGCAAAGAAGUGUUCCAGAUACCGACAGAGUCCGUCUUCCAAGCUGUCCAGUUCACCAAUGAAUUUUAUGGGGCCGAUCACCCAAAAUCCAGCCGGAUAAUCUUUGUUAAUGGUGAUGUAGAUCCCUGGCAUGCACUCAGUGUAUUGAAGAAUCAGUCUCGCUCAGAAAUCGCCAUCUUCAUCAAUGGAACAGCCCACUGUGCAAAUAUGGCUCCAUCGCAUGCCACAGAUCCUCCAUCUUUACAGAAGGCUAGAGAGGAAAUCGCAAUGAAGAUUGGAGAGUGGCUGAAAUCUGCUCGGGAGGAGUCUUAGCCUUUUUUAAGAUCUGCACUAAGCUAACGAGACCAAAGAACAAAUUGUUGUGUGCACUGGAAAUCUUUCAAAACCAGCAUUGGCUAUUCUGUUUGCCAAAUACUUCUUCUUUUUUUUUUUUUUUUUUUUUUUUUUGUUUUUAUAAAGUAUAUUUCCAUCUAGAAGCAAUAAUUUUAUAUGGGUAGGGUGUCAAUGGACAGGGCUGUAGGCAAAAAAAAUUGAUUUAACUUCAGAGCCAUAAAUUUCCUCUGGCUAAAUUAUGGGUCACCUCCACUGAGCAAUGGGGGAUCCUCCUAUGCCCAGACAGGUGGAAGAGGUGUAGAGUCUGAUGGAGGUAUUCUCAGAGUUUACACGCCAUACGGCCAUGUCCCUCCAUUAAUGGAAGUAUUCUGGUGGAGACUGUGCAAUAAUGCUAGAUUUUAUCAUGGUGUAUUUUGUUUUAUGUCAUUCCAGCCUUUCUGACAACCAAAGGAAAUUAAGUUUUGAAUGUGUAAAUUUUACAUUUCCAACAAUUAUUAUUUAUGCAAAACAUUGAAGGGGUUGUAAAGGUACAUUUUUUUUUUU